CUUGUCUUGUGUUAGCGCGGGAGUGGGGGAAGCGCGCGCCUGCCCGUCUUUGCUGGAGACUCCGGGCCGUCCGUGCAGCAGCCGUUAGCAGCAGCAGCAGCAGCGCGAGCGCAGGCGGGAGCGGGAGCGGGACCAACGGUCGGUGGACGGCAACAGCACCUCAUCAUUAGAGAAAAGCAACCAUCCAACAUCAACCCAGAGACAGGACAAUAUUGCUGGACCAUACGCGUUUAUAUGUUUGGCGUCCGCAUCAGUUGAUAAACAGUCGGUGGCGGCCGAGUGAGCAGCGCGUCUGGAUAUCGGCAGCCGGGCGGUGGCGGCGGGAGAAUAGAGGACGAGAGACAAGCAGCGGGCUGAGGAGAAGAAGAACCAUGUUCGCCAAACACAACGUCUCCGUUUUCUGCCUCUACAGCUUCCUCGGGGCUCUCUUUCAACUCCAAGCGGCUGCAACCAAGACAAAGGCUAAAGGUGGGCAGGCACAGUCGCCGCUAACGCAGAACGUGACGGCGGUGGAAGGGGGGACGGCCAUGCUGACGUGUCGCGUCGAUCACAACGACAAUACCUCACUGCAGUGGUCCAAUCCCGCACAGCAGACACUCUACUUCGACGACAAGAAAGCGUUGCGGGACAACCGUAUCGAGCUGGUGCGGUCAUCCUGGCACGAGCUGAGCAUCAACAUCAGCGACAUCUCCCUGUCGGAUGAAGGCCAGUACACCUGCUCCCUUUUCACCAUGCCCGUCAAGACAGCCAAAGCCUUCCUCACUGUGCUGGCUGUCCCCCAGACCCCGGUGAUCAGCGGCUUCAAGGGGCCGGUGAACGAGGGUGAUGCCGUGGAGCUGACCUGCACCACAACCGGGAGCAAGCCGGCAGCUCACCUCCGCUGGUACAAGGGCGACGCCGAGAUUCACGACGUGCCGCUGAGCCAGGAGCCGGAGCUCCGGGGGAAGACAUACACAGUGCGCAGCACACUGCGGCUGCAGGUGGAUCGCAACGAUGACGGUGUGGGCGUCCGCUGCAGCGUCGACCACGAGUCCCUGCGCGCAGCGCCGCAUGUAGCAACGCAGCGCCUCGACAUCCAGUACGCUCCGUCGGUGAAGAUCGACCUGUCCAGGAACUUUGCCCGAGAGGGGGACGAGCUACGUAUGGAUUGCCGGGCAACCGGGAACCCCGAGCCGGAGGCGGUGAAGUGGAAGAAGGACGGCGCGGAGCUGCCGGACCCCGAGCGCAUGGUGGUGGACGGCAACGUGCUGGUCAUCAGCGCCCUGAACAAGACGGACAACGGCACGUACCACUGUGAGGCCGCCAACACCAUGGGCCACAACAGCGCCGAAUACAAACUCUAUGUGUACGAUGCCCCCAUGGCCCUGCCUCCCAUGGCCAGGCCCCUGCCCUCCCUCGCCACCAGGGCGAUCCCCGUCACCAUAGCUGCAGCCGCCGCUGGCACCACCGCAGGCUCCAGCGCCCGAGCCUCGCCCAAGCCCAGCGCCCCGACCGGCAGGGGCCAAGAUCUCAGCGCUCUCGCCGGUCAGUCUGGGCCAGACCAUGCGGUGAUUGGCGGUGUGGUGGCCGUUGUCGUCUUCAUCACCCUGUGUCUGAUCAUCGUACUGGGCCGAUACCUGGCCCGGCAUAAAGGGACGUACCUGACCAACGAGGCGAAGGGAGCGGAGGACGCGCCGGAUGCCGAUACGGCCAUCAUCAACGCCGAGGGCAGCCAGGCCAACGCUGAGGAGAAGAAGGAGUACUUCAUCUGAUCAACAUCUGGCCAACAUCUGCCCCAAUAAUGCCCCACAUCUGCCCAACAAUAAUGUCCCACAUCUGCCCCCAACUCCUGUCCCCAACAUCUGCCCCAUAUCUGCCCAACUGUCCCAAACAUCUGCCCAAGAUCCACAACAUCUGUCCCCAACAUCUGUCCCACUUCUGCCCAACAUCUGCCCCAAGAUCUGCAACAUCUGUCCAACAACUGUCCCAAACAUCU